AUGAAGGCAUCCACUCUUUCUGCCCUAUGCACUCUUUUCACAGGCCUCACUUUGGCUCAUCCUGUCGAGCUUUCGGCACGCUCAUCGUCCUACUCUGCCGUCGAUAUCACAAUUCUUCAGUUUGCUCUGACACUUGAGCAUCUUGAAAACACCUUCUACCAGGAGGCCUUCAACACUUUCAGCCUGCAGCACUUUCUUGAUGCCGGCUUCAGCGAGGAGUUCUUCCUCAAUCUGGAAUUUAUCGCGGCCGAUGAAGCGGCGCACGUCACCUUGCUCGAGACUGCCAUCCUGUCGGCCGGCGUCGUCCCCGUCGCCCCGUGUCAGUACAGCUUCCCGGUCACCGAUGUCGCUAGCUUCGUGACUUUGUCUGCCAUCCUUGAGAGCGUCGGCACCAGUGCCUACCUGGGCGCCGCCCCAUUCGUUGGGUCGAAGGAUAUUCUUGCCGUCGCCGCUAGCAUCAUGGUCACCGAGGCGCUCCAUACGUCCCUGCAGAGGUCGUCCAUUGGGGCCGUCGGCGCAGCCGAUCCGUUUGGAACUUCUCUCGACGCCAACUCCGUCUUUACCCUUGCUGCGCAGUUCAUUGUCUCCUGCCCUCCUUCGAAUCCGGCCUUACCAUUCACCGCGUUCCCUAGUCUGAAGGCAAAUGCACAGUCGUGCUUUGCCGAGAGCAGCUCCGUCACAAGCGACAAUCAAACCGCCCCGUCCGCGGCCAACACCACGACGACCGCCAGCAGCAAUGCUACAGGUUAUACGUCUGCUGCCCAAGCAAGCGCAACACAAACCGCCGCCGCCCAGCGUAUGCGGACCCGCACCGCUGGAUCAUCUGCCCUCUCCUGCGCCGCACCUUCUGCCGGUGCGACUGUCAGCCUAAGUCCCGACUUCAGCACGUCAAAGCAUGAUUUUAGCCAGAUCGUGGACGUCUUCGUGACAUUUAUUUCUGGUCUGAGUGUGAUCUCUGUGGGCGUCCAGAUUUCGAAGGCAGGAAUCGAUGUGGCCAUCCCCGCCGGCAUUGGCGGACAAGUGUAUAUUUUCAUCACCAUCAUCGACAUCACUGGUGGCAAGCUCAGUGAUUCGGAUGUGUUGUUCGGCCCUGCGAUCCUAGAGGGUGAGUCAAAGUUUCCCGAUCCUCCAAACUUCAAGAGUUUUCAGUUGUAG